CGCCUCCCGGCCACGUCCGCGCGGCCCUACCGGAAGCGUGCGCCGGCCGCGGGAGGCGGCGGCUGCGGCGGAGGCGCCGAGACGGGGUAACUGAGACCCACUGUGAGGAAGUGACUUUUGCCUGUGACACUGGAGAGGGCAGAGAUUGAGCGCCUGGAACUUGCAUGUUUGGACCUGCCACCAGGACCUAGGGAUUUCCACCAGGGCAGUGAGCACCCCCACCCAGAAUUCCAGGCUUCUGGGAGGUCUCAGGGAACACAGACAAGUCACCAGCUGUGGCUCUUUGCCCAUGUCCCCUGGGGAAGACGGGGAGGAAGCGAGCGGCAGGCUGAGGUUCUUUGAUGGGGGAACUCUGACUGUGGUUCCUGAAAGUGUGUGGCAUGGUUGUGUUUUCUCUCUGACUCGUUCUCUUGCUCUCUGUCACUCUAAAGAAUGACUGGGCACUCCUAGAGCCUUCAGCCAGCAUCCAGGGGGUUUUUUCACCACAGAGGGUAAUUCCUGCCCCAUCCCUGUUGUGAUUCAGCUGUGACGUUGAACCACACAAGUCAGCGAGAAGAUAAAGUCAUCAGACUCCUGCUCACCAGAGAGGGUGGCCCACGCCAGAACUCACUUCUCUCAGCACAGACUCCACGGGCUGGUUCCCUCCCCAGAGGAGCUUAGUCGGGCUCCUGGCCAGCCUGGGAGCCCGGGAUGGCCUCUGGCUCAGCCAGCAGCCCCCGCCCAGCCCCUGAUGAGAACGAGUUUCCCUUUGGGUGCCCUCCCACCGUCUGCCAGGACCCACCAGAGCCCAGGGCCCUCUGCUGCACCGCCUGUCUCUCUGAGAACUUGAGGAACGGCGAGGAUCGGGUCUGUCCCAAGUGCAGAGGAGACGAUUCCCAAUCUGUAAGCCCGGGGAGCCUUAUGUCUCAGGAGAAGGAUCACCCUGAGGUGGCUGCAGAUGGAGUUGGGUGCCCCUUUGCAGGUGUUGGCUGCUCCUUCAAGGGGAGUGCAAAAUUCAUGCAGGAGCAUGAGGUCACCUCUCAGGCCACCCACCUAAACCUGCUGUUGGAGUUCAUGAAACAGUGGAAGGCCCAGCUGGGCUCAGGCCUGGGGUCAGGCCCCAUGGCCCUGGAGCGGAAUCUGUCAGACCUGCAGCUGCAAGCAGCCGUGGAGGUGACUGGAGACCUGGAGGUGGACUGCUACCGGGCACCCUGCUCUGAGAGCCAGGAGGAGUUGGCCCUGCAGCACUUCAUGAAGGAGAAGCUCCUGGCUGACCUGGAGGGGAAGCUGCGCGUGUUUGAGAAUAUUGUCGCCGUCCUCAACAAGGAGGUAGAGGCCUCUCACCUGGCCCUGGCUGCCUCCAUCCACCAGAGCCAGCUGGACCGCGAGCUCAUCCUAAGCUUGGAACAGAGGGUGGCGGAUUUGCAUCAGACACUGGCCCAGAAAGACCAGGCCCUGGGCAAGCUGGAGCAGAGCCUGCGCCUCAUGGAGGAGGCCUCCUUCGAUGGCACCUUCCUGUGGAAGAUCACCAACGUCACCCGGCGGUGCCACGAGUCGGCCUGCGGCAGGACCGUCAGCCUCUUCUCUCCAGCUUUCUACACUGCCAAGUACGGCUACAAGUUGUGCCUGAGGCUCUACUUGAAUGGCGACGGGACGGGAAAGAGGACCCACCUGUCGCUCUUCAUCGUGAUCAUGAAAGGGGAGUACGAUGCUCUGCUGCCGUGGCCUUUCCGGAACAAGGUCACCUUCAUGCUCCUGGACCAGAACAACCGUGAGCACGCCAUUGACGCCUUCCGGCCCGACCUGAGCUCAGUGUCCUUCCAGCGGCCCCAGAGUGAAACCAACGUGGCCAGCGGCUGCCCGCUCUUCUUCCCUCUCAGCAGGCUGCAGUCGCCCAAGCACGCCUACGUGAAGGACGACACCAUGUUCCUCAAGUGCAUCGUGGAGACAAGUGCUUAGGCAGCAGGGACGAGAAGCCGCACCUGCGCCCUGAGGGAGCACCAACCCAGACUCGGGGAGGUGCCACGAUCCCGAGGCACAGGGAUAGGCUGGGGCUGGCAUGACCUGAGCAGGGCUGACAGAUUGACUAUGGCGGCCACCAGCUUCGGGUGGCAGGACCUUGGGAUGGGCCCCCAAAGGCAGAGGGUUCAGAAGGAGGUGGUGGCAGAAUUGUUGCCUCUGCACUGAACACACAACCCUGGAGGCCUGGCCGCCACUCCAGCCCUGAAUAUUGAGGUGGACUCUGACCAGGAUGGGGAGGGCAUGGGGUCAGGCCUGGGACAUGAAUGGCCAUCUGGAGAUAAAGGACCUGGGCCUGGGAAGGUCCCUGCAGGGCCACCAGGGAGAACUGGAAACAUGCUUGCUGUCUUCCUACCUGGGGUCGGAAACAAGGGGUGGAAGGGACGGACAGGUUGCCAGUGUGAAUUCAGUCUGUCAGGCAUGCACUGCGUUCCCCAUCACUGGGGGUGAACAUGCAACCUCUCUAAUCAGAUUUCCCUCAGCUUCGGGUCCACGACUGGUUCUGUGGGGACCACAGAACAGUAUCGGGUCAUAGCUGACCCAUAAAAAUUGAUUUGAUGAUGACUGAGCACCAACCCUGUGUGAGAUUUUCCUUACUGAAGCCACAGCGUUGUCCUUGUUUGCAGGUGAGGUGGCUGAGGCUCGGAAUGACUCCAGUGGUCUGCAGAUGGCCAGCGUCCGUAUCACCCUGAAAGCCUGCUAAAACACAGGGUGCCACUCCCACUCCACCCCCAGUUUUUUGACUCAGUAGUUCUGGGGUGGGGCCCAGAAUUUGCACCCAUCCCACAUUCCCAGUUGGUACUGAUGCUGUCGGUGGGGACCACGCUUUGGGAAUCUCUGCCCUACACAAUGGGGCCCUCUCUGAAUAAAUUUUCUGCCCUUAGGCCAACCAUAAAAUCAGCAUCACCCACUUUCCACAGCAAGAAUUUGUGAUGCAUCGCCUUCCCUGUACAGGUAUUAGAGGGUUCCAUUCCUGACUGUCACACGUGUGUCCCACCCUCAGAGAACUGCCCCCAGACAUGACCUUCAGCCCUCCGAGGGCACCUCCUGAAUGCCCCAGAUGCAAACUUCCUGGAGCAUGAGUGCACCCAUCAGUGAGGGUGUGACCACUCAGCAUGAGUUUGCUUCCUUAAGUGAUCCCAGGCAGGGUUAGGGAAGGUGCUGAAAAGCUUGGAGGAAACUGCCAGAGGCUCCCAGCACAGGGAGGUACAGGGUGAGAGCUGGAGAGCUGAGGCUAGGGAAGCAGGACAGGGCCUUCAGCACCUGUGCAUGCUGGGAAGAGUGUGAAGGGGCAGCUGCAGACUCCUGGACUCGGACAAGAAGCUCCUGCAGUCAGCAUUGCAACCAAGGGUGACCUGACCUGCGCGUGGUAAGCAGACCUGGGAGUGAGUGAGGUGCACGUCUGUUUUAUUCCCCCGGUGGGUACACGUGACUUAUUUGUCAGACUCUAGCGGACCUGAGCCGAGUGAGAGAAUCCUUAUUAAAAUUAGGCUGUUAAAUAAUGACAUCA